GGUAAGAACAGUCAUACUGAGCUCUCUUCGGUUAACAAACCGCGAAAGAAAUCUCGAAUAAAUUGCUUUCAUCGCGAUAGGAUUUCGUCGGUUCGCCAUGGCCGCCCCUUCCGCAUCCAGCGCAGCUGAUGCCGCCAUCGCUGCAACGGCAGUGCAGCAAGGGCAGCGGCAGCUCACCGGCGAUGCUUGGCAGAUUCCAAGGCUCAGAAUGGCUGAAUCCGGCCGUGUGGAGUACUUAGAGCGCUUCUGUCAAUACGUUGCCAGGCAAAUUGGUUUUGAAGACAUUAGUCUGUCUCCUCAGCUAGGUAAAUUAGCCUAUGCUUAUGUGAGAAAGACGGCGGGAUAUGAGGAACAAAUAUUUUCCUUCUUCUCCAACGAGCCAGAUCCUGCGGCUUUAUGUGUGCAGCUCAUGGACGAACUAGACAGAUGCAUUCUUGGGUAUUUUGCUUUUCAUUGGAGACAUGCAACAUUUCUGAUUAGUCAGAUUCUUGAUGCUGACACCAAGCCUGUUGGAAAACUAAAGAACAUGAUUUUGGAGGCUACUAGAAAGCAGAGAUUUGAAAAUGUAACAAGGAACUUGAAGAUGACAAGGUUGUUCUCCACGUUGGUGGAUGAGAUGAAAGCCAUCAGAAUUGGACCUCAAGAGAAUGUUGACCACAUGGAAGUGAUGAUUCCAGCGGCCCACUGUGAUAGGAGCCCUGUUCUCCUUUUGAUGGGUGGAGGGAUGGGUGCGGGAAAAAGCACUGUACUUCAACACAAAUUACUUAACGAAGCAUUUUGGUCAAAAGCGGCAGCAAAUGCAGUAAUAGUAGAAGCGGAUGCAUUCAAAGAGACUGAUGUAAUCUAUCGUGCCAUCAGCUCUCGUGGUCAUCAUCAUGACAUUGUUCAGACAGCUGAGUUGGUGCAUCAAUCUUCUAUGAAUGCAGCAUCGUCCUUGCUGGUAACAGCACUAAAUGAAGGAAGAGAUGUCAUAAUGGAUGGGACUCUCUCAUGGGAGCCAUUUGUGGAACAAACAAUUGCCAUGGUGAGGGAUGUCCAUCUCCGGCGCUACAGGAUGGGGCCCGGCUAUCACGUAGCAGAGGACGGCACGGCCAUUGAAAACUACUGGGAGCCAGUAGAAGAUGAUGAUGACAAUGUUGUGGAAGAGGAUGGAUUCCGGAGGCCUUACAGGAUAGAGCUUGUUGGAGUUAUCUGUGAUGCAUACCUUGCAGUUGUCAGAGGCAUAAGGAGAGCUAUCCUGAUGGGCAGAGCAGUGCGAGUGAAGCCUCAGCUCAGAUCCCACAAGAGGUUCGCCGCUGCUUUCCCUAAAUAUUGCAAGCUCGUGGACAACGCCAGGCUUUACUGCACAAACACCAUAGCCUCACCCAAGCUAAUUGGUUGGAAGGACGGUGACAGCACAUUACUGGUGGAUCCAAUUGAAAUAAUGUGGUUGGAUAAGGUGAGCGAACUGAACGAAGAUGCUGAUAAUGUUAAAGAGAUCUACCAAUGCCCUCCUGCUUCUCCUGCUACUGUGUUAAGUACUCCUGUAGCUAAUCCAAAGCCUAUUUCCUUAUGGGAAGAUGCUGUGCUGUGUUCCUCAAGGCUCACCACCCAGCAACAUCUCAUGGCUUUGCUCCAAUCAAUGGAAACCACCCAGGUCUUUUGAUCAGGUCUCACUCUCUCUCUCUCUCUCUCUCUCUCUCUCUAGGGUUUGUUUGAAGAACAAGUGAAUCUCUUAAAAUGCUUCUACAGAAGGAUCUCAAGUCUAGAAUAACUCAUCAGGCUUGAGAAAUGUUCCUUAAGAAACUGAUGCCCUUAAUCGGUUUGAAGAAAGUUAAGUUAAAGGGGAUGCUUUUUCUACUUUUAAGGAAUUAUGAUGUCUCAUUUUGGAAUUGGAGGAAACUCUAAGCUAUAACCUUCAAUGAAUUUCGUGUGUUGUUAAUGUCUUAAGGCAUGAUUACCAUUUGAUGAUGUCUACUUAAUAUUGUAGACUGACAUAUCAAUGUGUGACUUUGGAGUCAAAAUUUUAAAUUAUUUAAAUCUCAAGAUAGUUUCCUGACUA